GACGCACUGCCCAGGUCACACUGGUCAAUGCCUCUGCGAUGCGCACGCACCUCUGCAGCGCUCAGCGCGCUAGCUGCCGUGCUAUCUGACGCGCGUGCCUAUGCAGAAAACAUAGGCCGCGUCGCCCCGUGUUAAAUGCCAGCUAACUAACACGACUGGCAGAUAGGUUGCCUAGUAAUCAGGCGUUAGCCAGCAGUGCUGGAGUAAUCUGAUUGUCACCGGCCUGUGGCCGAUGCGUUCACCUUAGAUGUUAGGGAUUGAGCACGUGCCUCCCUCACGGAGCCCCGACUCGGGAGAAGCUCCAGUCAGUAUUCUACCAACCACCGUAGCGGAAACAACUGAGCCCUCUCCGCCGAAUACCCCGUCCGCGAAAGUGUCCGCGUGUGCCCGAGUACUCAACCAACCCGUGUGUCGUUACUUCACCCCUUCACGAACCCGUAGAACACGCUGCGGCUAGACGGUUACGCGAGUGAUCAGUGCAGUGAAACCUAGUGACUGAGGACCAAGUGCAUAGGAUCCCUCGACCCGGUUUGACCCCGCGGCGAGCUGGAUUACGCAGCCUCACACAGCAGACCCCACUUCACCUCCGCAACCCCCGGCCAACGUGUGAUAUGGUGCAUCUAGCCGGGUUUCUCCAAGACGACGAAGGUGUGAGCACCGCGUGAAGCGGUUCACCUAGCCUGGUUCUCCAUUGGACAAAAGGAACGAAGACGACAAAGGUUGUGCUCAUUUUGCUCCCGAGUUUUGCUCACAGGACUGCAUGGUCAAUCCACGCCGAGGACAGCAGGGCCACCAGGCCGCCGACACAACGUCUUGGCAAAACGACAAGUCGUCGGACCUAGGCCCACGACGCUGCACCUCGACGUCGGGCACUCCAGGGACGCGCUACGAGCAACAUUGGACGGGUUCUGGACGACCCCUGGUCCAAGCUUCACGGAAACCUUUGCUCGCCGGACAUUUCCGGUGCGAACUUCGAGACUCGCAACAAGGCGUCGAACCAUCGAGGUCAACAAGGCGUCGAACCAUCGAGGUCAACAAGGCGUCGAACCAUCGAGGUCAACAAGGCGUCGAACCAUCGAGGUCAACAAGGCGUCGAACCAUCGAGGUCAACAAGGCGUCGAACCAUCGAGGUCAACAAGGCGUCGGAUCAUCGAGGUCAACAAGGCGUCGGAUCAUCGAGGUCAACAAGGCGUCGGAUCAUCGAGGUCAACAAGGCGUCGGAUCAUCAAGGUCAACAAAGGCGUCGGAUCAUCGAGGUCAACAAGGCGUCGAACCAUCGAGGUCAACAAGGCGUCCGGUCAACGAGAUCAGCAAGACGUCUGAACAUCGAGAUCAUCGAGAACAUCGAGAUUUACUUUUGCCAUGUAUAUUAUUAUGCAUUUAAAAUUUUGUAAACUUGUAAUUAUUUUUGCAAUUUAUUUUAUCACUGAGUAUUGAAUUUUAAUAUUAUCCUUUGUAUGAUUAGUACAUCUGAACCCAUUAAUUACUUGUGAAUUUGUAUUUGUUUAUAUAUUUUUCAAUGUUUCGAAAUACUGUACAAUUUUGAUAUUUUUCUCCUUAUUGCUACAUUUCAUUAUUGAGUUAUUGCUUUACUACUUAUUUAGUUUUGAAAUUCUUAACUUAAUUUUCCUUAGUAAUUUUACUACCGUAACAACUGUAUUAUUGUUAGCAACCUUUUAGUUUACCUUGUAAUUGUUAGAACUUUUUACCUUUAUUCCCAUUUCACAUGCCAAUACUGUUUACCCUACUCAAUCCAUUUUAUCAGACUGCAAAGUUUUCAUAAUUACCAAAAACCACCGAUGUACACUAAAUGAAAACAAACAAUUUUGAAUUAUAUGCAACACGUCACACUCACGCGAAGGGGGUAUUCUGAAGAGAGGAGGCUCUUAGCAAUUAAAAUUUUGUCAUUUCAUUCCAAAAUUUUUGAGGAGGGGACGGCAUAUCACAGACGCACUGCCCAGGUCACACUGGUCAAUGCCUCUGCGAUGCGCACGCACCUCUGCAGCGCUCAGCGCGCUAGCUGCCGUGCUAUCUGACGCGCGUGCCUAUGCAGAAAACAUAGGCCGCGUCGCCCCGUGUUAAAUGCCAGCUAACUAACACGACUGGCAGAUAGGUUGCCUAGUAAUCAGGCGUUAGCCAGCAGUGCUGGAAUAAUCUGAUUGUCACCGGCCUGUGGCCGAUGCGUUCACCUUAGAUGUUAGGGAUUGAGCACGUGCCUCCCUCACGGAGCCCCGACUCGGGAGAAGCUCCAGUCAGUAUUCUACCAACCACCGUAGCGGAAACAACUGAGCCCUCUCCGCCGAAUACCCCGUCCGCGAAAGUGUCCGCGUGUGCCCGAGUACUCAACCAACCCGUGUGUCGUUACUUCACCCCUUCACGAACCCGUAGAACACGCUGCGGCUAGACGGUUACGCGAGUGAUCAGUGCAGUGAAACCUAGUGACUGAGGACCAAGUGCAUAGGAUCCCUCGACCCGGUUUGACCCCGCGGCGAGCUGGAUUACGCAGCCUCACACAGCAGACCCCACUUCACCUCCGCAACCCCCGGCCAACGUGUGAUA